AUGCUGCAGUGGGAGUGGCCCAAGACGUGGCCGACGGCGAGCAAAGAGGUGAUUCGCGUUUCCAUCGAGCGGGCCAUCCGCAAGGCGAUGUCGGGGGGCACCAACGCGCAGAUUCGCGGCACCGUCAUCGUGGACGAGUUAAACCUGGGGAGCGUGGCGCCGGAGAUCGCGCUGAGCGGGAUCCGCAAGCUCUCCGCGGAGCACACGGCCAUUAUGGUGAAGGUCCGCUACCGCGGCGACUUCUCGGUGCGGCUGCGCGGGCUAGAAAUCAACCUCGACACGGUCGGGGCGGGCGCGGAGGAGUCCGACGCAAACUUUGCCCUCCCUUUUUUUUGUCCCUUUGAAAUGACGCUGCAGGACAUCCACAUCGACGGCAUGGUCUCCAUUGAACUCUUUCAAGAACUCGAAGGGAACCCGCAGUGGGAGCAGGCCUCCUCGCUGACGCCCCACGCGGAGGUGACGCCGAGGGCUGUGAAGAAUAAGGCGCUGCUCCCGUCGCGCUCCACGCGUUUGCCCCGCAGCAGUGGCCGCCUCGGCUACGGCGUUCUUCUGGCGGGGGGUGGCCGUCGUGGGAUGCGGCCGCCUGGGGUGCUUGACGCGCAAGACGCCUCCACCUCUUCCCUGGAGGUCGAUGGCGCCGCUGAUGGGGUUUUAAGGUCCUCCUCGCAGGUGCACCGCGGCGUUCCGUCCUUUGCGGACAUUUUGGCAAAGAAGGUGAUGGUGCGGCGACGCAUGAUGAAGGUGCAGCUGUUUGGUGACCCACUCAAGAAUUUCCGUGUGAUGUCCAACUUUAGCACGGUACCCGGGGCGAACAGCAAGGUGGAUGGCACAGUUCGCAUGCUUAUCAAGCCUGCCAUCGAGGCACUCAUGGAGGAGGGUAUAUUCUUUGCAAUCUAG